AUGACGCAGAAUCUUUUUAAAAAUCGAAACGGAGUAUCUUGGAAUACAAUAGCUAUACCAAGUGAAGUUGAUAGAAUAUCAGUGCAACAUGUAUUAGAAUAUUCGUUUCUUAAUCUUAAACUUAAAAAUUCUUUUGUUACGAAAGCAAAUUUAGAUUCAAUUAAACAGCUAUUUAAAUCAUGGAAAAAAUGUAUAUAUGCUCUAGCGUUAAUUAUAUUUAAAUUAAUACCAGAUCGUGAUGUAAAGUCAAAACAACUUGCAAUAGACAUUCAAUUAGGUAUAUUAGCUGAAUUACUUUCUACAUUUCGAUUACAUCUUAGUGAUAAUCAUGCACGUGUUUUAGGUCUUCCAUUAAAUGUUUUAUGA